AUGUCAGGUAAGCCCUUAAUCAAUUAUUAGUAAUUUUGAUACUUUAUCAAAAUCCUUCCAAUUUUCAGAAAAGACCAAGCCAACCAUACAAGUGUUGUUAACUUUAUUCCAGUUAGCUACAUGUGUCAUGUAGUGUUUGAAACUUCAGAGAGUCAGGCUGCUCAUCAGAUCGGACACACAGAAUCACAGACAUCUUUUCACUUACUUUUCCCUAGCUCUCAGACAGAAAACUCAGUUAACGCUACCAUAUUUACAAGAACAGAAUAUGUAAAUCACUGGCUUGAUCCGGAUUUUUGAGUGGAAGGCCAUUUUUUCCCACCUUUUCCUCCCCAUUGCAGUCCCCUAACCCCCAAAGCUGCUCAGGAGGAACGGAGUAUGGGAGAUUGCAGUAGAUGGGGGAAUACACAAUGAAGAAGAAGCUUGAAUGUGUCAGUGGUUGGAUUCUUGCAGUUUCUUCCCUCCCACUGUGUUCUGUACUCACUCCUGGGCCAUUCUGAAGGUAUCCCUAACCCUCACAAGCAGCUUUUUGGGAUGGGUCGGAAAAGAAAGGGGAACAAAGGCCCCAUAGUAUGAGUAGCUUUUCUGCUUGCAGAAAGUCUGGGUCUGAGUAAAGAUCUCUAGCAAGGCCAUGGCUGGUUUAUAAUGCCCCUAACUAAUACAUUAGGAAUACUUUCCUGGUUGUCAAUAAAAGAAGGCAAUAAGAAGCUGUGCUGAAAUAAGUGUGUUUAGAAUUUAUCACUUCAAAGGUUUGAGAAGAAUUGGGGUUCACAUGGUAUAUUCAGAGGAAUUUUCCAUCUGUUCCCCCCACCCCUUCUAGAACAAUAGUUAUUCCCAUGCUUGUGAAAAAUGAAUUUAAUCCUACAUACAUAUCUGAGUUACUUGGGCUAUCCUGCAUAAUUUAGUUGCUUUUCCAUGUUUCCAUGUGUCCACAGUUUCCUUAUGGUGAUUUCUGGACUUUAGUAGCACAAAACUGGAGACAGAGUCUCAUGAAGUGUUUUAGGAUUGGCUAAUCACAGAAGUGUUAGUGUGACUUUCCUGUCCCUUGUGUUCCAUGGUUGUGUAUGUUUGUAAUGUUUUUACAUAUAGGAAGCUGUACUCCUACUGCUGGUGGGCCCUUCUCUGCUCUCACACCCAGCAUAUGGCCUCAGGAGAUCUUGGCAAAAUAUGCCCAGGUACUACUAUAAGACAAAGUGAAAUAAUAAAUAUUGCACCUAAUUUCUCUUUCAUUGUUGAAUAGUAAACAGUAGUGUCAUUAUGAAUGUUUGUAUGUGUCUUCAAGUACCCUUCUAGGCAUUUGUGGCAUUUAAUUGCUGGUUCAGCAGCUGCAUUCAUUCUAGCAUGAAUGGAGCUCUCAGGUAAAUUGGCACUGCUGGCAAAAUCUGAUAUAGAGCCUGACUCUAAUAGUUUAUUAGCUGGUAACCUAAACACAAAUUAUGUUUGAUCUUGCAUUAUGUCUUACAUUUGGGUAAAGAAGCCAGGGUAUAAAAUACUUCUGGGGGCUGUGUAUACCCUUUUAAAAAGACUGGGUAGUGGAAGCCACGCUCUUGAGACCUUGCCAAAGGUUUCACACAUGAAUAGUCUAUAAAUUUAAUUAGAAGUGCAUGUGCCUGGCACAACAUAUAAAAUGAAAAAUCAGCUGUGAAACAUAGAGUCCAUUGGGAUAAAGGCUGCCAGUAAGGAACCCUUACACUGAUGAAAUAAAUAGGCAGCUGCUUGCAUGAUAGGCACUGUUAUAUGUACAACUGCUUGGUGAUGCUCAAAACUCGCAUUCAAGGACAACAGGGUUAGGCUGACAAAUGUUUUCUGGGGCCAUCUGGAUUAACAGCAAUCCCCAGGUUGAAUCAGGAAUUCUGUGGUAGAUCUUUACAUCCAAAAGAAAUUGGGACUGCUUUGGUACUAAUCUUAGCAUGUUAGAAUUUGGACCAAUAUUGUGCUUAAGUGGUUUAAACAGUACAGAAUUCAAAGUAUUAAUUGUGUCUAGACUAGAAAAGUAGUUGUGACAAGCAUUGCUAAGGAUCCAAAUUCUAACACAUGGAGAAGCAUAAAUGGGAGCAGUGUUUCCUGUGCAUACAGUAUAUGUACACAUAGAAUAAUAUGUAGACUGAGCCAAUGAGUGACCAAAUCAUCAGUCUGUAGGAUUUUGAUGCCUUUUAAAUAAUGAGAAGGGGUUAAGGUUGGGAGAAGCAAGGCAAAAAAUCUCCAAUGGAAAUAUCUUCCCAACAUGUUCUUCCUAGAUUUACUGUGGAAGUUAUUUAUAUAGGCUAUAAGAGUACAGCACAAAUGCAUAGAGUGCUCCCAAUUUUAUUUUGGAUGCCUGCAGUGUGUAAAAGUGUUGUAUCACCUAGUGGCAAAGAAUGGAAAGCAAUUCUUUUCUUCGGUUUUCCAGAAAGAAGAAUCUGUUGAACAGCCAGAGUUCCGGUAUGAUGAAUUUGGUUUCCGGGUAGACAAAGAAGGCAAGGCCUUUUAUUUCUGUGGUGUAACUUGUGACAAGAUCUCCCUGGGGCUGUGCUUCAGAAGUCACUUAUUCCCAGCAGUCCCUUUCCAACUCUUGAUUCUGGUGGUGCUUUGCAAGCAGUUGACCUCUAAAGAAAUUAACUUCAGGCUUUACUAACACGAUAACAUUCUUGGUAACAUGUCAUUUAGGAACAGUGCACAUGUAUAUAAACAGCAGCUUUUCCUUCUUGAAAAGACAUGGAGGUGACAACCAGGAUAGGAUCAGGGUGUUGCUUGUAUGUAUUUUAAAGCUGCAAUCCAUCUACGUGUUUGUCUGGGCUCAAGUUCUUGAAACCAGCGGAGUCUGAAACCCUGGACAGCUGCUGGAGGCCACCCAGCGUGACUGGGGAAGCACAGCUAGAUGGGCGGGGUAUAAAUAAUAAAAUUAUUAUUAUUAUUUGUGUACAUUGUUUUCAGAAGAUUUAGUGGUAUAGAAAUCUAUAUGCAAAUAAUAAAUAUUAGGACAGCUAGCCACUUUAGGCAUUUCAUAUGAGCCAGAAUACAAAUGUUCAAAUGGAAAAGUAAACACCUUCAUUUUCCUGUUUGAAUUUCAACUGGCUGGUGCCCAUAUACCUCAUAAGGGACUGUCAGAGUGGAUUUUUCAACAUCACCAAUGGUGGUGGUCUGUGCAUGCUUUGGGAUCAGAAUUGGAACUUAGUUAUACAGUUGUCCAAGCAUGCACAACUGAAUUCUUGACUCUCUAGAUUGUAAAGUCCAGCUUUUCAAGGAAUUAUUAUUUUUCAGAUGUAGAAGGCUACUUGCUACUUUCUUCCCCACACCUAAAGCUGGUGUUCUUUGCUACAGAUGGCGCGGAGCCAAACUCCAGCAAGCUCUUGGGGAUCCCACUGGUUGAAGAGCCACAGCACAGGCUGAAAUGGCAGGCCCACUUGGAAUUCACACACAACCAUGACGUGGGGGACCUCACCUGGGACAAGAUAGAAGUCACACUUCCACGUUCCGAUAAGCUGCGAUCAUUGGUGUUGGCUGGCAUUCCUCAUAGCAUGAGGCCACAGGUGAGGCAUUCCUGGUUAAUCCUGAAGGGGAGGAGAGCUUGCUGGUGAGGUUUCCUGUCUUAAUCAUAAAACCUUUUCUUCCUUCAUUUCACCCAGCUGUGGAUGAGACUGUCAGGUGCUCUGCAGAAGAAGCGAAAUUCAGAAAUGUCAUAUCGGGAAAUUGUGAAAAACAGCUCAAAUGAUGAAACCAUUGCUGCCAAACAAGUGGGUACUUUGCCAUGGGUUAGUUCUUGGGGCUCAAGAAAGGGCACUCUAUCAGGUGGGUGGAAGAAAGGAAAGAUUAAGAGCAGCGAUUGAGAGAAGGAGGGGGUUACCCACUCAGUUUCUCGGAGUUGGUAGUUCUCUUCUAGUGCUGAAAAUGAGCUUAGAGGGAUUGGCUCACAGUGUUCCUCCUGAUAUUGGCCAAGAAAGGAUUUACUACCAAACAUCACCUCCGUGGAUUUAAAGUUUAUGUAGAACAAAGAGGGGUGGGGGUGUUGCGCACUUGCUGCCAUCAUGCUAAAAGGAAAAGAAUAAAAUCUUCAAUCAUUAGAAGGUAGGAAGUUUUGAGGUCUAGGUACAGAACUUUGUAAGCAUCUCUCUCAGCCAGCACAAAUCUUCUUGCCACUCAGCAGCAGCUAAUUACCCUUUAGGCAUAGAGUUUGCAUAAAAUAUUAUUCUGUUGAUGCACUAACAUGUAUUCAUGAGGCGCUUUGCUCAGACUCUUGCUAUUGGAUAUAAACACUGAACAAAAUGUGAAGAAGUAGUCUGGAGAUCACUAUACAAGGUUGUGUGUCUUAAGUUCCAAAUAGCACCACCGAGUCCUAGCUUUUAAUCCUCAGACUCUUAGGGCAGAUCCACACCAUACAUUUAAAGUACUUCCAACACGCAUUUAAUGCACAUGACUUUCCCCAAAGAAUCCUGCGAAGUCCCCCUCAUAGAGGCACAGUUUCCAGCAUCCUUAACAAACUAUAGUUCCCAUGAAUAUUUGCGAAAAGCCAUGUGUUUUAAACAUGCAUUAGAUGUGCUUUAAAUAUAUGAGGUACAUCUGCCCUUAGAUUAAUGAGUGAUUCUCAGCCCAUUAAGGGCAAACACCAACAACCUAAUGAAGGAGACAGGACUUUGUAAAACUAGUAGGGAAGACGAAGCAACUUUAUAAAUAAAGCAAAAUGGGAGAUGCCAUGUAUAGCGCUGUGCGUGCCUCCUUCAGAUCUCAUACCUUUUGCAAGGUGCAUAAAGUUGAGCCUUCCUUCCCCCCAUUGUAACUAAUCUGUCACCAGUCGUUGGAAGGUAAAUAUUUUUUUGCUUCAAGUAGGCAGGAAGAAAAAGAAUCACAGAGUAGAGGCAUCCAAGACAGCCUUUGGAACUGGGCAAGGCUUCUGAAGCAAAAGUCAACCCUUAAAGCAGGCUUUGGUAGCCUGGUACUGUCCAGAUGUUUUGGACUGCAAUUCCUAUCAUCUCUGGCCAUUCUGUUGGGAGCCAAAGUCCAACAACAUCAGGAGAGCACCAGGUUGAAGAAACCUGCUAAUAGGCCCUCUCACAAUGGCACCAUUGAUACUGUUUGUGGCAGUCAGGGUCUCAUCCAGGCUGCUUUAGUGGGGGGAAACUGCUAGAAUGUGCAUUGGCACAUAAAACCCAGUACUAUUUGGUACAUUUUUAUCUUGAGUGUGCAGUAAGAGAUGUGCUUCUUACUCACUCACUUUGAGCAGUUCACUUCCGGUUGCAGAUGAGGCAUUAUACGGAAUGGAUGGAAGUUUGCAUGCUCUUUGUGAGGCUUCCAUUCUGAGGUGAAAUGGCAGCCUCGGACUACAGGCCUACUUUGUGGGGGUGCAAAGAAUGUAAGGACAGCCCAGGGGACUAGAGAAAGAAAAAAGAAGAUGGGGAGGAUAAUUGCUAACUGAGUCUAGAAUGCUAAUCUGUGAUACUUGAUUUCUGUUAGAUUGAGAAAGAUUUGCUCCGCACCAUGCCCAGCAAUGCCUGCUUUUCCAACAUGAAUAGUAUUGGAGUGCCGCGGCUACGCAGAAUUCUCCGGGGACUGGCAUGGCUGUAUCCCGAAAUAGGCUAUUGUCAAGGCACUGGCAUGGUAAAUAAACCUCUCCUAUAUGUGAGUUGUUAUUGUUUCCCUUGGGAUUCUGCUCACAAGCAGGUGAGAGGAAUUCACAGGUACCUGUAUAGGCAGCAACAUACUUUUUUUUAUCCAGUAGAAAUAAUAAAAUAAGUUUACUGCAGAGGUGAUGGCACCACUAAACAUAAUAUAUUACUCCUGCCAGGAGUAGGAUGACCAUGGUGAGUUUUUGCUAACACCCAGCUGUAAGCCAUAAAGUAGCCUGUUUCAGGUAUAGCCACUGUAACUUGGAGAACCUCCACAUCCUCAGAAACAGCCACCAAGAAUUGGAAGUAGGAGAUUCCUACAGUCAUCUGUGCAGUUAGAUGUCCUAUAUGUUUCAGCAGGGGCAAUGUGCCAUUUUCAUCAACACCCCCCGCUUUGCCCAUGUAAUAGUCACUGCAGCUCAAGGUCUUUGUGAUGGGGAGAAAUGAAGGCCGUUUGAGUGGCAGGGCUCACCAAAGGCUCUUGAGCUACCUCUGACUAGCAAAGUUAUUAGCACCAUAGGUUAGAAUCAAAGUUACUUUAUGAACUUAGACUACAUUGCUCCCUAUUCAUAAUUCUGUUUAGAAUUUAGUUAAAUCAUAUGUUAGCCAGCCUGCAGCACAAGCUCCCAACUUGGCUCACAUUGAGAGAGUGGCCCAAAGUUAUGCAAUGGAAAACUGGCGGACAAGUCAGUCUACAGAUACUAACCCUUUAGGAAGUGCAAGUAAGGGUGAACUGGAGGCGCUAUCACUCUGUACACCUGAGGACAUCCAUUUCAACAAGCUAGAAAUAUCAAAAGGAGCAGACUGCUCUACAGAAUUACCAGGCCCAAGGGUCAUUUAAUUCUGGGGAUGCAUCAUUGCCCGCCUGACAAAAAUGCUCUGGUUGUUUAUGAGAUGGAGAAUUAAAUCAAAAGCUGCAUCCAAUGAGGAAAUGUAGUUACGAGUGACUUCAGUUAUCCUCACGUAGAUUGAAUCAGUGUGUGUUCCCGUAACAACAAAGGUACAAUUACUAGAAAGGCCAAAUGACUGUACCCUAGAGCUGACGGUCAUGGAGAUGGCCCUGCACUUAAUUUUAAGUAGUAUUCAGGGCCUCUUGUGACAUCUAAGUGUCGUUAAACUGCACUAUAAAAUUCAGCAUAUAUAUUCAGAUGGACAAUCGCCAAAAAAGUUUAGCACAGUCAUGUUUGAUUUCGUAGAGGAAACUUAGGGGCGGGGAAAAUGAGACUUCCUUCAGAAAAUGGAAGUUUUGUAUAAAUGAGAACAAAAUAAGCACAAACUUAGAAAAAGAAACGAUAAGGGCAGCAUUCCCUUCUGGUCAACCAGCCAGUAGUGGACCACCAACUGUGCAGAGCAGUGAAUGUGCACUGUGCCUUGUGUGGUAAGCUACUUCCUAGACACACCCCUCUCUACCCAGGCAGGCAAGUAUCAUAGUUCAAGGACACAUUCCAACCAAGCAAAGGGACUUGAGGAAGAUGCAAAGCAGGGCUGGUAGGGAUGUGGUCUGAGGAUUGGAGGGCCACAGUUGGCCCUGAGCCCAAGGAUCCUUCUCCCUCUUAUAGAAGAACUUUGGCAAUUAAACAGUAUAUUAAUAGCUCAAAUAAAUAAGUAUAUUAAUAGCUCAAAUAAAUAAGUUUUCCUGGAGUCACAGAGGUUUCCAUUAUCCCAUUAUUAUCCUUUUACUGAAACUAUGAGGCUGCUUUGCAUGCUCCUCAUCAUCUAAUAUCCUGUUCUCACCAUGGCUAAUUGCUUUCUAUCCCUAAAAUUCUGCUGCUGUGAGGGAGGCCACCAGUGGGCUGUUACAGAUGCUUUUCAGCUUAUCUCCAUGUUUUCCUCUGCUGCUAGGUAGUCGCUUCCUUACUUCUUUUCUUGGAAGAGGAAGAUGCCUUCUGGAUGAUGUGUGCUAUCAUUGAGGACCUGGUGCCAGCCUCCUACUUCAACACUACUCUGAUGGGCGUCCAGACUGACCAGCGCGUCUUGCGGCAUCUCAUUGUGCAGUACUUGCCACAGCUGGACAAACUACUCCAGGAGCAUGACAUUGGUGAGAGCCUCCCUUGGGCAGCUGAAGGUUUUGAGCUUCAGGGUCCAACUCUCUUCUGUGAGCCACAUUGUUAGCACACUGUGCAUGUGGCUGCUAAGGGAAUGUAGUAGUGCAAAUGAGUCAAACAUGCUUUUGAGCAUGAGUCACUUUAGCUUGGUAUUUGGGUUGAAAUGGAAGGAAAUAUAUGCUUGUGUGUACAUAAUCUCUUGUGCUAUUUGAAAAUUCUUGUUUUAAGCGGAAAUAUUCUCAGUGGCCUCAUUUGCUUGUUAUGGUAAGCUAUAGUUAAUGGUUUGCUGUGAAUGUGCCUAUCUGGGCCACUUUUCCUGCAUACUAGUAGCAAGCAAACCACAGUCCUUUGCUUAGUAUGCUGUCUGAACUAGGAUUGUAGGUUGUUUUGCCCCAAGCAAACCACAGUCUGUAGCCAAGUUUAUUGUAGGCAAGCUUAUCAUUGUUUAUUUGGCUCUGGCUUGACAUAGUGAAAAGGACUGAGAAGGGAGCUAUAUUUGCCUGCACUGUUACAAUCAUAAUGACAUGGGUAGAUUAUCUGGAAUAGAUGUGAGUCUUCUCUGUUUUAUGUUGGAAGUGGAAAGUGAUUCUAUGGAGGGCAGGGGUAGGAUGGAUUCUUCCUCGUGUGGGUGACUGGUAAACUAGAAUGAUACACCUUCUUUACUGUCUCCAUUCACAGAGCUCUCCUUGAUCACCCUGCACUGGUUCCUCACAUCAUUUGCUAGUGUUGUGCAUAUCAAGCUGUUGCUACGAAUUUGGGACCUCUUUUUCUACCAGGGCUCCAUAGUUCUCUUCCAGGUCACACUGGGCAUGCUCAGCAUGAAGGUAAGCAACACUCCUCCGCUUUCCCCUCAUGGAAUGAGUUUUUAUAUACAGGGACCGCUCUCCCGAUUCCCCACCCCCAUCUUAGGUAUUUGGGGAAUCCUUUAUGAGAGGCGGUCUGUGUGUGUAAGGAAAGAAAAACAAAAAAUGCCAUAUAUCGUUCUUUUGAAAUCUGGGUGUGCAGUAGCUCCUUUUGCCACCCGCUGUUGCCUUUGCUGCUUUUUUGUCUUCUGAAUAAUGCCAGCGAACUAGCGCAUAGACUGGGAUUGUUGACAAUGAUCUGUUUCAAGAAACACUUUGAGAAAUAACCUCUGCUCUUCUGGUUCUGUGUUGGGCAAAUUGAUGUGUGGCUGAAAUUCAGUGUAGCAUUAAGGAAUUCCUUUAUAGGAAAAUAAUUGGGUGCAAAGGGAGAUUAACGGAAGCAUGCAUUAAUUGUUGUCCUGCAUUCACCAUGCAAACUUUCAUCAUGGGAAUAGAGUUAGAUGCAGAUAAUGGGGCUGUGAGAAUUGCAAGGGUAUUCCAGAGCAUAACACGCAGAAUGCCUUGUUCCUGUUAAUGCAGGAAGAUGAGUUGAUUCAGUCAGAGAACUCGGCCUCCAUCUUCAACACACUCUCGGACAUCCCCUCUCAAAUUGAAGAUCCAGAUGUGCUCCUGCAGGAAGCCAUGCGUGUCGCUGGUUCCCUGACGGACGUGGCAGUGGAGACUCAGAGGUGCAAGCACCUGGCUUACCUCAUUGCGGACCAAGGGCAGCUGCUCAAUGCAGGGGCUUCUGUCAACUUAUCAAAGGUGUGUUUCUAAAGCUCUUGGGAAUCACAAGUUAAAAAAUAUUUCCUUUCUCAGGCUUGGCUUCUGUUGCCUUUGUUGUUCAUAGGUAGUGGUAGUGAUGUUGAGUCAGUCUUGGAUGUAUUAUUGAAGACGUGCUGCAAGACUUCCCAUACAGUAUAGCUUUUCUGGUCACCCAUACUUCUCUUUUUCUAUCCCCCUUGGGCUGGCAUGUUGUUUGAGGGAGAGGUUCUUGCUGUUGGCUUUUUGUAUCUUUAUUUUAGAUCUUGUUAUUUAUGUGGAAAUUGUUCCGUUUGGUUGCGUAUUCUUUGAUGUUUUAUUUAUUGUUUAUGACUACUUUCAUUAUGUUGCAGUUAUGUAUUAUUUUUGUGUUGUAAGCUGCCUUGAGCAUGAUUUGAACUGUGGAAAGGUGGCAUACAAAUAAAAAUUUGUACGUAUGUAUGUAUGUAUGUAUGUAUGUUUGAUGUACGUGACCCACAAGAUCUGUUUUACCCAUACUGAGCAUAAUGUCACUAUAGCGUUUUUACUAUAUUCUCUCUUUAAUGAGUCUUGGUCUUCUGUCUCUCUCAGAUUGUGCGACGCAGGACGCAGCGCAGGAAGUCUGGCAUCACCUCUCUGCUUUUUGGUAAGGAGAAAUGCAUGAGCAUAUUAUUCUUGCCCUGCACAGGUUGGAACAGUUGAAAGAGCAAACAUGGUAAAUGUAGAGGGCAAAACAUAGUUGGUGUCUGCAAGAUUGGCUGUGUGUUGGCACUUCACACUCAACCAUAUUUUAUUUAUUUAUAGUGUACUGGGAUGUGUAAUGGAAUGAGCCAAAUAAAUCCUCAAGCUUCCUUCCACCCCACCCCCCACCCCGAUGCAGAAUAAGUGGCUGAGGGUGGGAAAAGGAGUACAGUGGUAUCUCGGGUUACAUACGCUUCAGGUUACAUACGCUUCAGGUUACAGACUCUGCUAACCCAGAAAUAGUGCUUCAGGUUAAGAACUUUGCUUCAGGAUAAGAACAGAAAUUGUGCUCUGGCAACAGCAGGAGGCCCCAUUAGCUAAAGUGGUGCUUCAGGUUAAGAACAGUUUCAGGUUAAGAACGGACCUCCGGAACGAAUUAAGUACUUAACCCGAGGUACCACUGUACAUGAGUCAGAGGCACAUUCAGGUUCAUUCCAGCUUGUGCACAUUGCGCAAAAUUAUGAUUUAGUGCAAACGUGGCCAUAGAUUGUCCUUGCACUAUUGUACACUGUACUAAGCACUCUGCUUGCCUUCAGGGUAAGUAAAGAGACACUUCUGUCUGCUGCCUAGAUUCAUCUUUUUAAAAAUUAACCUCUUGGGAGUCAUGUACAAGCUGUUUAUUCUGCUGUACGCAGGAGUGUUCCUCUUCAGUGGCUGUGAUGGAACCCCAGGUGAAGCCCGUGCUCUUUGUCCUCUUUAAAGGUCCAGAGAAAGAAAGUAAUAUGAGACACACAAGUAGUAUUUACGAGUAGAGAACUGCCCUCCUUACUUAUUGAUCACUUCUGAAAGGCUGCACUACUUUUGAGACUAUUCACUAAUAAAGGUCUGUCCCUGGGCAAUCUGCUCUGCAGAAACAAACCUGUUUUUUAAUCUGUGUAACUGCCAUGGGGUUUAUAGGCCUUUAAGUCCCUCACUGAAGUUGCUUUGUAGGGAGCUCAGGGCAGUUAACUUAGUUUUAAGUUUACACUGUAGGUGUGCCCUUAUUUUGUUCUAGCUUAAGCACACUCUUAGGUUUUUUUAUGUAGCUUUUGCGGAGGCCUGGGAAACUGAACCAGGCUUCAGUCUCUUUUCUGCCAAGAGGCUGGUUAUAAAACAUAUUUAUGGGGCUUUGAGAUGGGGCAUAAGGCACAUCUCCAGUUUUUCUCAUUUCAUGUAUUCAUGUGGAACACAGAUUGGAUUUUUUAAAAGAGCUGUUGUAAUUAACAUCAGUUCAGGAAUAGAGCGGCACUAAAAAGUAAAAGGAAAAACACAAUUGUUAGGAACUAGGUAUGGGUGAAAAUAAAGCAGCAAGUAUUCCAUUGCCCAUAACUCCUUGAAACACCCUUAUGUAGAAUAGUGUGUAGAGUUCUGUUGCCCUAUCUUAAAAGAAAUAUCCUGCAGAAAGGCAACUAAAAGUAUAAGACUUUAGGAAAAAAUAUGACUAGUGGAAGUGGAUGUGAUUGAGACAUGAAAUGAUGGAAGAAAUUCAUCCUCUCUUGUUAUACUAGAAGGGCAAUGGCAAUGGUCUUAUUUGCUCCUUUGUUUAGACCAAGGAUUUCUAACCUGUGGUAGCAUGACCAGUGGCUAGGGAGUAUGGGCGCUGUAGUCCAAACAUCAGCAUUGGCCACAGGUUGGCCAACUUUGGAUUAGACAAUUGAAUAGAAGGGAAGUCUGUCUUUUUGCUAUGAGAACAAAAUGGAAACUCGGUGUAUAGAAGCAGUAUGUUUCCAAAUAGCAGAUGCUUCAGAUGAAGAGGGGAAAACUAAGAGAAUGAUGAUGAUGGUUUACUUCUUAUACCCCAGGCAUCUGACUGGGUUGCCGCCUUGCUCUGCUUGAGUGAUUUCCUUAUCCUUCCUUUGUUUCUGCCUUCCUUCCAGGGGAAGAUGACAUGGAGGCACUGAAGGCCAAGAACAUUAAGCAGACGGAGCUGGUUGCAGAGUUGCGCGAGGCCAUCCUGCAAGUGGCACGGCAUUUUCAGUGUGUGGAUCCCAAGAGCUGCAGCAUAGUGAGUAGGGGAUCUCCCACAAGAAAACCUAUGCUUCCUGCUACUGAGAUGGUUACCACUGUACCCAAUUUACUGAAGGAGGGGCUUGUUGGGUGAGAACUUGCCUCAUGAGGGAAUAUGGGAAGAUACAAAACUGGAAGAAUGUCCUCAUCCCUUGUUAAUCUCUGCCUUCUGCUUGGCAUGAAUUCAGAUUACUCUUGUUUGUCCGCCAACCAGGAUUUGACUCCUGAUUACACCAUGGAGAGCCACCAGCGGGACCAUGAAAGCUAUGUGGCUUGUUGUCGGAACCAUCGGCGACGGGCCAAGGCAUUGCUGGAUUUUGAACGCCAUGAUGAUGAUGAACUGGGCUUCCGUAAGAAUGAUAUCAUCACGGUACGAUGGUCGGGACCAACAGAAUGGUAGCAUCAUGUAGGGGGGUGGAGAAAUCAGACAUUAUAUGAAUAAGGAACAACAAACAGAGUGAAGUUUGGUUUUUUCUGCAGUAUACACUAAAAAUAAUUGGGGGCAACUUCCACUACGUGGGUAUCUCAGCUCAGAUUCCAUAUUUGCUCCCAUACAUUGCUUGCUGCUCCUCUUUUUCCUCUGUAUGAUCAAUUUCCCUCCUUUCAAUUGCUGCAGAUCAUCUCUCAGAAGGAUGAGCACUGUUGGGUGGGAGAACUGAAUGGCCUGAGAGGUAAGUGCAAAUGGGAUUUGUGUGAGGGAGGAAUCUUUGUCCACCCCCAAACAAUAAUGUUAAAUCUAUUGGGGGGGGCUACCUUCACAGCCUGUGCCACAAAUACUGUUUGCUUAUAUACAGGCUGAUACCAAGACUAGAUUGCUAUCCUGAUAUUUCCCUGCUCUUUAUAGGUUGGUUUCCUGCAAAGUUUGUGGAAGUUCUGGAUGAACGGAGCAAAGAGGUAACGUUUCCAUAUUAAAUUUAUGGUCCUGCUUCCUACCAUUAGUGUCUACUGUUCUCUGGAUCCUUGUAAAGGACAUGGUGGGGAAGUAGAUGCUGAGAAGCAGAGUUUCGGUCUGGGCGAGUGGGAAUCACAUGCUGCAAAAGUCCAUACCUCUUAGUCACCCAAUGACAAUCUGGGCUACCUGAACACAAAACCAUUAAAUAUAAUCUCAUUCUGUGCAAGAUUUGUGCACUGUAUGUUUCAGAUUUGGGAAAUAUGAGAUACCGUUAUUCCCCUGCCCCAGUGGGAGAGGUAGACCAUAUAGGGAUAAGGUGACAUAUCCAAGCUCACUUAAUAAAUCCGUGGCAAAGCCAAUAAUUUAUAUUUGGGACGACUGAAGAUAAAACCAGAUUUGCCAGCAACCAGUUGGGAGGGGCAGUGAAAGGGAUAAUCUAACAGCUUCAUUCAUAUACUUCUAGCCAGGUGAUUGGAGGAGCUUGGUAAUGCCAACUGUGAGCUUAUUAAACUAUUUUGUCAUAUGGACUUUGCGGUUGCCUAGGCAUCCUCCUAUGAAAUAGCGGGGUGGGCAUAUGAAACAGCAUUCAUAAAUAGUAUGGUAAAUAUUACAGUAUCUACCAUAUGUGCCUUUCUGUUUGCUGUGGCUUCUCAUCCAUUAAUGGAGGCUGUUCUCUUGUUCCUCUAAGUAUUCCAUUGCUGGAGAUGACUCUGUCACUGAAGGUGUGACGGACUUGGUUCGAGGGACACUCUGCCCAGCCCUCAAAGCCAUAUUUGAACACGGGCUGAAGAGGCCAUCUCUGCUGGGGGGGCCCUGCCACCCCUGGCUCUUCAUUGAAGAGGUAAGAGAGGCACUUGGUGUCUGCAGGGUCUUUAGAAAUAGUAUGGCAAGUACAUGACACCUCUGUGCAUCUGGCAAGUACAGAGGCUUCUGGGAGAGUGUAGUAAUUGCAGGCGGGGGGGGGGGGGGGACGGACCUGCUGGUCUGUCCCAAUAAGAGACAGCUGUAUCAAUAACUGUGCUUGUGUGCUCUUCUCUAUCUAGGCUGCUGGGCGAGAAGUGGAGCGUGACUUUGACUCUGUGUAUUCUCGUCUUGUGCUCUGCAAGACCUACAGGUAAAUGUUUCUCUCAUCAGUCUAGUGAAUUAGAUGUUCCCUGUCCGUCAUGUACCCUUCCUGCUGAUACUUAUUUUUCUUGCAAUGUUUUCACAUAUUACCUUGUCAAACAGAUAAACAACUGUUUGACAUUUAGAAGACCUAAGGCAGCUCUGCUCAGGGAAGUUCUCCACAGUUGAUGUUUUAUUGUGUUUUUAUUAUUUUGUUGGGAGCCACCCAGAGUGACUGAGACAACCCAGUCAGAUGGGUGGCAUAUAAAUAAUACAAUGGUGGUGGUUAUAGGCCAGGUUAUUGAUGUAGGAUGGGCUAGCCAGUGGCUGCUGCAGAGAUUACUUGCCAAAUGAGGCUUUCUUCAGAGGGCUACAAGCUUUUAGUGGUGUAGGCUCCUAGCCACGUGGCCUGUGCUGAAAUUUGCAAGGACUACUGAGAAUCUUCUUUGAAAGGAACUGUUGCUUCUAUCCUGUGUGUGGCACUGGGUAGGGCAAACGUCUGACCCUCGCUUGUUUGGUAUCAGCUGGAUCUGUUAAUUUACUGUUCUAGGUUGGAUGAAGAUGGGAAAGUGCUAACUCCAGAGGAGCUGCUUUAUCGGGUAAGCUGUUCUAGUGUUUUAAUUGGGUGUGGUGAUGUCAUGAAGGUGUCUUUAUGACGGGCCAGUCUGUUUUCAGGGUCUAAUGAUGAGGACCUGUUCCCAGCCCAGAGGGCUGUGUCUUCCAGCAGGUGGCGAUCUAGAGUCCUUUCACUCUCAUUGCCUCUAAGGCCCAAAUGCUUUGGGUAGAAUACCUUUUGCAUGCAGUUUGAGCUUUUUGGCUCCCAAGAGAGAAAGGCUGCUGAAUAAGAAUCCAUAUAACUCCCUUUCCCCCCUUUGCAGGCGGUGCAGUCUGUCAACAUGUCCCAUGAUGCAGUACAUGCUCAGAUGGAUGUGAAGCUUCGUUCUCUUAUCUGCAUUGGACUGAAGUGAGUCUUCCAGUUCUUUUUCAUACAAGGCUGCUUUUGUUAGCAGAGAACAGGAACCUAAUGGGUGGCUUAGAUUGGGCUUCAUCAGCAGGGGCUGUGAGCUGGCAGCCAAAGGUGUGAUCUGCUCUGCUGCUUCCGAGCCACAAGGUCUUCCACCUUUUAUUUUCCCUGGGUUUCCUUAUGCAGUGGCAAUGGAACAUGUGUGUGUGCUAGUAACUUUCCCUGUGCCUUGUUUUUCAGUGAGCAGGUGCUGCAUUUGUGGCUUGAGGUGUUGUGCUCUAGCCUGCAGACCGUGGAGAAAUGGUUCCAUCUCUGGUCAUUCUUGCGCAGUCCUGGCUGGGUGCAGAUCAAGUGUGAGCUCAGGUAGGUGGAACCUCCUUUUCCCCACUUUAUUUUACUGCCCAACUCCACCUCCUGGUAGCUGCAGCCUUAUGUAAGUGAAUGAAAUCAUACUUGGCUAUGUCAUACAGGGAGAGAGGGUAUGCUAAUUGCUUUCAUUGCCCAAUCUUAGCCUCCUUGGGAGGAAUAGGUCUUUAUGUGCAAGGCUAAUGGCAGUACAUUGUGAUGAGCUCAUCAGUCAUUAUCCUAGCAGAAUAGGAUUUUUUCCCCCUUGCCAUCAUACACCACCAAACCUUCUUGGUUGCCACAGCCAACAUCUCCAGAAAAAUAGAAAAUAACCAGUUGUCACAGCUCAUAUGAAGAUGCAUCAGCCAGGCUGGCUCAUGGAAGAGUAAAAUAAGGGCUCAUCCACCCUUCUGCUUGCCCCGCCACUUUCCCAAUCCCUGUUUGCUGCUGGAUUGGGUCAAUCUGCAGAAAACGUGAUGUUUCAUUUCAGUGGCAAAUGGGAUUUUCCCAGGGGAAACCAGUGGGGCAAGCAGAAGUGUGGACAACUACUAAGAGGAAACUGCUCAGAGUUUCUACAUUGAGAAGGCUUUUUGCCUUAGAUGAUCAUGAAUGAGAAGAGAUAAACACAGGGCAACGGGUACACUUGAGCUUCAGCUGUAGUAGAGCUGAGUAGAAAGCAAACUACAAAGGAGUUUGUGUGCAGCAAACUAGGAGAAAAUGUAUUGAUUACUGAAGUACCCGAGUUUUGUAUUUCUUAAGGACAGUUAGACCUGGAAGCAUGCUUCUUCUACAUCAUACAACUUGUCUCCUAUGUUCUUACACAGCUGUCAAUUGUGCCUGUGGCACUGCCAAGUGCUCUAAGUAAGGAUGCUGGGAAUCCUCUUUUUAAAAUAAAGUAUUGUCUCUUAAAUAGAUGUGGCAGUAUAUAUUUCACAUCAGCUGUGUUAAUUGUGAGGUGACAGAACAAUUCAGGUCUAGAUUUUUCUCAAGGGUUUUUUAAAGAGCCACUUAAGCACCCACACCUGUUUUCUUUCUUGCUUCUUCACUUCUUUGAAAAUGUCAGAUGUCUUGAAGACUUGAUUUGUGGCAGUAGACAGAUACAAUGUUUUGCAAUUCUUGUUUAUGGAACAAGCACAAUUUUUAAUUGUAAGAACAGAAUGAAGUAAAUGUGUCAGAACUUAAUGUGGGUUUCAGUUUGAUUACUUUGCCUAUAGUGUUUGCAUAGCCCUCCUUUUAAGCUCUCUUAAUAUGUUCUGUUGCAGAGUCCUCAGUAAAUUUGCAUUCAGCCUUUCUCAGGAUUGGGAACUCCCUGUAAAAAGAGAGGUAAGCAUGUGUCCCUUUAGUCAAUCAACAGCCCAUGCAUCUGCAUCAACCCCAGUUUAGGGUUAGACUGUGUUCUCUCUUAUAUUUGCAUAGGGGGCUGAGGUACAGCAGGCUAAUCUUUGCCCCAGCCUGGACCGUUUUGUUUUCCGGGAUGGUAUGGUGGUGGGCCCUGAAACACACACACACAGUACAUACAUAUUAGCGACAGUGGGGAAAUGUGAAAAAACCCUUUGCCUUCCUUUUUUAGGAGAAGAAGAAACCACUGAAGGAAGGAGUCCAGGACAUGCUUGUGAAGCACCAUCUCUUUAGCUGGGACAUAGAUGGGUGA